AGUUGCCACUGAGCAGACUUGCUACCUGUGGAGGCAAAGGGACAGGGAAGGGAGACCAUGGGGCGAUUCAUCUUUGUCAGCCUGGGCUUGCUGGUGGUGGCCUUCUCCCUAAAUGGAGCCAAAGGCUGUUGUUGUCCCUCUGAUUGGCUCCCCGAGAACGGGUUUUGCUACAAGGUCUUCAAUGAGCACAAGAACUGGAAUGAUGCCGAGACCUUCUGCAGGACAUACAAGCCAGGCUGCCACCUCGCCUCCAUCCAUGGCAGUGAAGAGUCAACUGAGUUGGCCGAAUACGUCUCCGACUAUCUCAAAAGUGGUGGAAAUGUCUGGAUUGGACUGAAUGACCCACAGAAACAACGCAGUUGGCAGUGGACAGACAGAUCCCAAAGCAACUACCUGCCAUGGAAGCAAGGAGAGCCCAACAACAGUGGGAACAAUGAAUAUUGUGUUGAACUUUGGAGAGACUCAGGUUAUAAGGACUGGAACGACGAGAAUUGUGCGUCCACACGUGCGUAUCUCUGCAAGUGCAGAUUCUAUGCAAAUACUAGUGAAAAUCACUCCUUCUCCAGUGUGAGAGAAGUACCUGGUAAAGUCUGGAGAAGCAAGGAAGCCCCUCACCCCCCGCCUGCUGAAAUCUCGGCUCUCGCACCCCUUCGCUUCAUGGAUGCUUUCUGCAGCUUGGAUCUGACUUUGCUCCUCCUGAUGGGCCAAAAGCCCCCGUCCCCCCCUGUGUUGAUUUUGGCAGUGUCAGGAGGCUCGGAACUGACAGGGAAGGAAGGAAGGAAGACCAUGGGGCAAGUCGCCUUUCUCAGCCUGGGCUUGCUGGCCAUGUUCCUCUCCCUGAGGGGAGUCGAAGGCUAUAGUUGUCCUGUCGAUUGGCUCCCCAGGAACAACUUCUGCUAUAAGAUCUUCAGUAAACCCAAGACCUGGUUUGAUGCAGAGACAUACUGCAGGAAAUUGAAGCCAGGUUGCCACCUCGCUUCCCUUCAUAACAAUAAAGAUUCAGUUGCCUUGGCCGAUUACAUCUCUGACUAUCUCGCAGGUCAGGGCCACGUCUGGAUCGGACUGCGGGAUACAAAGCAGAACUACAUCUGGGAGUGGACAGACAGAUCUACUACUGAUUACCUGCCCUGGAGGAACAAUCAGCCCGAUCACUUCCAGAACAAAGAGUUCUGCGUUGAGAUUGUGGACUUUACAGAGUAUCUCCAGUGGAAUGAUGACGAGUGUGAAGCCUUGCGUCCUUUUCUGUGCCAGUGCAAGUACUAGUGCAAACGGCUCCUUCAGCUGCUCCAGAGGGAGUGAAGCACCUGAAGAAGUCUGG